AUGGUGGCAGGAAUGCUGAUGCCUCUGGCAAGCCUAAGGGCGGUUUACGAGCUGCUGUUCAGGGACGGAGUCCUGGUGGCUAAAGCAGACACCAGGCCCCAGAGCAGACACCCGGAGCUGGAAGGGGUGUCCAACCUGCAGGUGAUGCGAGCCAUGACCUCCCUCAGCUCCCGAGGCUUCGUGCGAGACACCUUCGUGUGGCGACAUCACUACUGGUACCUGACGAACGAGGGCAUCUGCUACCUGAGAGAUUACCUGCACCUCCCCGCGGAGAUCGUGCCCGCCUCCCUACAGCGGGGGGCCAGACCCCGCGUGCCCCCCACGGGAGGGCGAGGGAGAGCGCUCCCCCCCCGCCCCGUCACCCCCAGGGUCGCGGACCACCAGCGAGCAGUUCAGGAGCGUGCGGAGUACCGGAAGGUGGAGGAGCCCAGGGCGGAACCAGAGUGUGAGAGGGCAACAUCCAGGGUGACCCGCGAGGCCAAACCCACACCAGGUUUGCAGCAGCCCCAGAAACCGUAG